AUGCUUGAACUUACCAGUAUUCCUGAUGAUAUCGUAGCUGAAACUGUUCAUACAAUUGGUGAUAUUAUUCGUGGUAAUGAUGAACAUCAAAAAUUUUUUGGUUCUUUUGUGAAUACAGUUGGUGGACUUCAGGUACCUUUAUUAUUCAAUAUGUUAUACAUAAUGGUGGCUGAUAAAAAACAAUCAUUUCGAUUACGAAUAUCAAUACUUUAUUGUCUACAAUGUUAUCUAUAUAAAAAUGAUAUGGGAAAAUCAAUGAUUGUUCAAACACUUUUACCUCAAACUGAGAAUGCUAAUAAUGAAUAUACUCUAGGCCAUUUAUUAACAAUUGGAUAUUUAAGUAAAGAUAUUGUUGCAUCAUGGUGUUCUGGUAUUGCACUUUCACAUUUAAUUGCUGAUAGUCAACAAUAUAAAGAAGCAAUACUUAAAGUGGUAUUAGCAAUUGAUCGAUCACACACAGGUGUUAAAACAUUAAUGGAAAUAUCAAUGGAUUUAUUACAAAAUUGUUCAUGUUCAUUUCACACUCGUGUUGCUGUACUCAUUUUUCUAUGUACAUGGUUAUCAAAUUGUUCAUUAGCAGUACAAACAUUACUUACAAUUGAAAAUAGCAUUUCAUAUCUCAUUUCACAAAUAGGUAGCGAAUCAACUGCAGAUGAUCGUGAACUUCUUAUUCAAUCAGUAUGUUCAUUUACAAUAGGUUUAUGUUUCAUUUUUAAUAAUAAUCAAAUAUCAUUAUAUUCAAGUGAAUCACUUGAAAGAUUAAUAAAUAAACGAAUUGGUAUUGAUUUAUUUCAAGAAAAACUUGAAGUCUUAUCAAAAUCUGAAUUUUACAUCGAAGCUUUACAAAAACCACAAUUAAAAUUAUCAGACCCAUCUGAUAUGAUACUUGAUUAUGAAUUUGCUCGUUUAUAUGAAAGUCUUAAAAGUUCAAUAUCAAAUAUGUUAACUAGACAAUAUAUAAAUGCAACAGCCAGAACACUUAUUGUUCCAAUAUCAACCAAUAUUUAUGAACAAAAAAUAUCAACAAUGAUGACACAUUAUAAUAAUUUAAUUCGACAACGAGUAGAAGAAACAAAUAUAGACAAUGAAAAAGAAAAACAAUGGAUUCAAGAACAUGAUAUGGAUAAAAAGAAAGCUUUAGCUUUAGAACAACAAAUACAGAAAAUCAAAGAUGAAAAUCCUAUAUUUAACAAAUGA